AUGAGGCUGCUCUCCAAAACCCUCUUUCUGUGCUUGGCACUGUCCCUCACCAAAGCUGCGGAACAUUCUGGAUCCUUACUUGACCGGUGUGAUGGCAUUGAGUUUGAUGCCAUUGUUCCCGAUGAGAACGGAGUGACCUAUUUCUUCAAAGACAACCAUCUAUGGAGGGGCUUCACUGGUUCAGCUCACUUCUUCAAUCACACCUUCAAGGAGCUGGAUGAUCAUCACAUUGGUCACAUUGAUGCUGCCUUCCGCAUGCACAACCCCGACAGUGAAGAUCACGAUCACAUCUACUUCUUCCUGGAUGACAAGGUGUUCAGCUACUAUAACCACACUCUAGAAGAGGGUUACCCCAAAGAAAUCAACAAGGUCUUCAAAGAAAUCCCCAGUCACCUCGAUGCCGCUGUAGAGUGUCCCAAAGGAGAGUGUGUCACCGACUCUGUCCUGUUCUUCAAAGGACACGUGGUGUACACUUAUGACAUCAGUACAAAGGUGGUGAAAGAGAAGACUUGGGACCACCUGCCUGUCUGCACCUCAGCCUAUCGCUGGCUCGAACACCACUACUGUUUCCAUGGAAACAGCUUCACCAGGUUCAACCCUGUAACUGGAGUGGUGGAGGGUACCUACCCAAAAGAUGCCAGGAAUUACUUCAUGAUGUGCCCUGGCUUUGGCCACGGAGGAAAUUAUCAACCCCCCAAAUGCAGUGACGUCAAGCUGGAUGCCAUCACCACUGAUGACGAAGGAAAACCAUAUGCCUUCAUUGGCUCCAACUACAUGCACCUGAACCCAAAAGGGCCACACAGACACCCCUUUCCAAUCAUCAGGAAGUGGAAGGAGGUGACCGAAGGGGUGGAUGCUGUCUUCUCCUACACCGACAAACUGUACAUGAUUAAGGGUGAGCAAGUCUACAUCUAUAAGUCCGGAGCUGGUUACACUCUCAUCGAGGGCUACCCAAAAACCCUGAAGGAAGAGCUUGGCAUUGACGGACCCAUUACUGCUUCUUUUGUCUGUCCAAGCGAACACACUGUUCACAUAAUUCAAGGAAGCAAGAUGAUGGAUGUCGACCUAACUGCCACCCCCAGGGCAGUGACAAGUGAAGUGCCCUUGUCCAUCUCUGACAUUGAUGCUGUUCUCUGCGAUGCAGAUGGGGUUAAAGUGUACAAGGGCUCUCAGUACUAUGAGUAUGCCAGUCCUAUGGUCCUGGCUGUGAGCAGAAUCGCCCCUGUUCCUCAGAAUGUCCCUCGAGAAAUACUGGGAUGUCAGGAUUAG